UUGUAGCUUUACCAAGAAGGAGAUACCGCAUCCUGAGCUUGCGCCAUAACGUUGGCCCUUACUGCUGCCAGCUGAAGAUUUUUUUUUGUCCUUUUUGUGCCUUUUACAUGUUCGUGCUACUAAGUGUAAAAAGUGUGUUGUUGAGACGUUACAUUGUUGGAUUUCACCUUGUGAGAUACUGAGAGAAUAUGGAGGAGGCCAGACCUGUCAAUUACCAAAGACUAUUAUCAGAUCAGAGCACUGUCUCUGCUGACUCGGAAUUCUCCUGGGAGGAUUAUCAGACUGAUAUCUAUGAACAGCUGCCCAGUUCACAGAGAAGGUUGCAGCACAAGGAUCAAGUACAGGAAGCAGAGGUUUACUGGAACCCUAAUCAACCACUGAAGAUGUUGCCCCUGUGUAUACAGGAAAAGAGGAACAUCAGGGAGAGACGACAACUAGAGAGGUGCAGAAUUGGUUACUGGGCAUCAUGGAAGCUGAGUCAGGAAAUUGCAAGAAGGCGAUUGAGGGAGCAGGCGGGGAGAGUCGUUUCAGGACUACUGCUGUGGAAAACCACCCUUCAUCACAUUGAAGGAAGAUUUGGUGUGGGGGUGAAGGCGUACUUUGUGUUCCUUAGGUACCUGCUCUGCUUAAACUUCCUGAACUCUGCCAUCAUAGCUGGCUUUGUACUAAGUCCCACUCUGUACAGCAUGGCUAUAAGCAAUCGCAUACACAACCUGACAUUCAAGAACAGUUCAGUUGUGGAUAUUUUUCUAGGCUCAGGCUUUAUGGAACACACUCCAAUUUUCUAUGGUUUCUACACAAACCACUCUUUAGGCUCAGAAUGUUUGAACACAGCACUCCUCUUUUUCUUUGGCAUGCUCAUUUUGCUCCUCCUUAAUCUCAUCAUGAUAGUGCGCAGGACGGUAGUGGGUUAUAAGAACACAUGGCUGACUGGCAUCCAUUUUAAUGCAAAUAUGAGCUAUAAGGUGUUCUGCGGAUGGGAUUUCUGCAUCAGUGAGCCUGGAGCAGCCUUCCUUAAACACAGCUUAAUCAGAAAUGAACUGAAGAUGGACCUUCAAGAGCAGAUGUUUCGUCAGAAAGUCUUGGGGCGUUCACUGAAGCAGUGGAUUCUCCUGUACAUCCUGCGCAUUGUCCUCAACUUUGUGGUGUUAGUUCUUCUGGUCAGCUCAAUCUAUCUGAUCUAUUUUGCCACCACUGAAAUGAGAAACUGUCAGACUUACCACUGGGGUCUCGAUCUCCUGUGUGGCUAUCUUUCACCCAUUACAAUUACGAUAGUCAAUUUUUUGAUGCCACACUUUUUUUCUGCAAUCACGAAAUAUGAAGACUACUCCCUCACCACGCAGCUUAAUGUCACUUUGGUUCGGAGUAUCCUGCUGAAGCUGGGAAGCUUAGCCGUCUACCUCUUCUUCCUCAUUACUAAACUGAAUAAAGACCAAGUGGGACGUUGUGGAGAGACUGAGUUUGGAAAAGAAAUGUAUAAGCUCACAAUACUACACCUCUUGGCAUCCUUCUGCAGCACUUUCUUUGUGGCAUAUCCCAGAAAGUUGCUGGUGGAUAAUUGCUUAUCCUCUAAUUUUUUAAGGAGAGUGGGCAAGCAGCAGUUUGUGAUCCCGUUGAAUGUGUUAGAUCUGGUGUACAGUCAGACAGUCACUUGGGUGGGAGUUUUUUAUUGUCCUCUCCUGCCAUCCAUCAACAUUAUUAAGCUACUGGCACUCUUUUACAUCACCAAAUUCAAUCUGGUGCAAUGUUGCGACCCGGCGAAGAAAAUAUUCCGGACCACCAGCUCUUCGGUUCUGUUUCAUUUUAUGCUUUUACUGGGCCUCAUCAUGUCCGCCGUAACACUUGGUGUCAACAUUAACCAGUUUGUUUCUAGUGAGUGUGGCCCAUUUCAUGGGUCCCAGACUGUGUAUAAUGUGACAAAAGACUGUGUUAGCACACUCCCAUAUGCUGCAAAGGAAGGCAUACGUUACAUUACAUCUGAAGCUUUUGCAUUCACGCUCAUAUUAAUGGAGAUUAUCAUCCUGACGUCUUAUGUGUCUCGUGCACGAGCCAAUCAGAAGACCAUGGAGAGGCUCAAGGACAUGCUUGUUAUGUGUAGCUCAGACAAGCGUUAUCUGGUGAAGCAUCAUGCCACAGUGCUCAGGCGACAGAAGACGACCGUCAAGAGAUCUGAAAAGGCGACCGCAUGGCAGUGAAAGGGUGCCUCUGUGUCAGAGAGCACAACUCUCAUUUCAGUCCUGCUUAUUCUACACCAAAAUGAGCCUUGGAGCAAUUUCUCAAAAAAAAAACUGUCUCAAAAACAAGACACAUGCAAGGGAGUAAGCUUUACUCUGCAAAAGGAAGUAAAGCUAAAGUUGUCCAAUAUUUUGUCAUUCAUGCUUAUGCAAAAGGCGUCAACACUUUCGACACUCUCAUGAAUGUUUUAUAUGUUUUGAUUUUCAGUGUAUGUUUUGUUUUCCAAAACCUGCAAUUUAGCACAAUAGUUACAACCAUUUAAAGCUGACAGCACUGCACAGUUUUAAGGGAAAAUGUCCCGACUCACAAAAUGCCACUGUAGAUCAAAUGUACCAUUUAGCAGGCUUGUACUACUCAAGUCCAAGACUCGGACUCGAGUCCAACUCGUGCCCUAAUUUUAAGGACUCAUGACUUGACUUGGACUUAAGCACUGAUGACUCAGACUUGGACUCAGACUCGUGCAUUAACUGCAUUCGGACUCGUAAAUUGGAGACAAGGACUCAGAUUUUUUUCUUUAUUUUUUUGUAACAUGCCAUAAUGAUUUGGCAUAAGAUAUUGAUAUCUACAUUAAUUUUAUACUAAUUUUGUGCAAGAGAAUGCACAUUCAUCUGUUCAUACAGCAUGUUCAGCAACAAACUAACAUUGAUGGUGCUAAAAUGCCUGGAGAGAAGCCCCUAGGAUUGUUUGCUUAUACAGACUUCUGGUGCAGUGGGAAAAAAUGCACUGCUAUGUGUUCCAUAUGUAGAAGAACUAUCGAGGAGACGACGGGGACAACCUCGAACUUCAAUCAUCAUUUAGCAAGACUCCACCCAGAGAAGGAAGUGACGCGCUAUGUUCAUUGCUCUGUUGAUAGCGGGGCUUGCUUGCUGACCGAUGAACUAGCUAGUGUUAACCCUCUCUCAUGUUAUUUGCCCUGUUGAUAGUGGGCGGGGCUUGCUGAGCGAUGAAAAAGCUUUUUAUCUGUAGCCUAUUAACUAAAAUGGGACAGUCAAACAGUAAUGCUACUCCAACACAGUAGCAGAGACCGUUUCACAGAAAGGCAGCAACAGCCACCGUCAAAUGGUGCGGUUGGAGUCUUGUUCUCGGACUCGACUCAGAUCAAUAGUGGACUCGACUCAAAAUUUUCUUGAAUGACUUGGACUUUAACACUGGGAACUCGAGACUGGACUUGGACUUGAGGUUUAGUGACUCGACUACAACACUGCCAUUUAGUGAACUAUAGAUGUGCUUGCCCUUCUAGAUAAACAUUGGUCAAUGAUUCUCAUACCAGAAGAGUCAUUUGAUGUAAAUCAACACAAAAUAAAUCAAUCCUCCUUGCAUUUGCUUCCCUGCAAAUGCUGUCAGUGUUCUGUAGGCCUAAUGCUGCUAUUUAUACGACUCUCGCCUGUGUGUUAGCCUGUGGAGCAUGAGCAAUUCAUUUCAUGGUUUUACACAAUGGCAAUUAAUGUAGUAAAAUAACAGGAUUGGCUUUCCAUAUCUAAUUUCCAUAUCUAAUAAAUCAAUCCUCCUUGCAUUUGCUUCCCUGCAAAUGCUGUCAGUGUUCUGUAGGCCUAAUGCUGCUAUUUAUACGACUCUCGCCUGUGUGUUAGCCUGUGGAGCAUGAGCAAUUCAUUUCAUGGUUUUACACAAUGGCAAUUAAUGUAGUAAAAUAACAGGAUUGGCUUUCCAUAUCUAAUUUUGUAAUGUAAGCUAUACUGUUAACAUUAUCAGUGUUAGGGUUGGGUUUGUUUGGGGUUUUUUUAACAUUUAUUUAUUUAUGUGUAUAGUUUUAUACAGUAUAUAACAAGCACAAUGUAAAAAUGUUCUUUUGGUUGAUUGAACAGUUUGAUAAUAGAUAAUGGGGAAAAAAUUAGUCAUACCCUGUUGAAGAUUUAACCAUGUUUGCCACAAAAGAAAAGCAUAGUUAAAUGAAGUACCAUAGUAAAACUAUGACUGCAUUAUUAGUACUGUAUAUUUAAUAUAUAAGUAUAGCAACCAUAGUUGCCAUGAGCUAUCACAGUAAAAUUGUGGCAGUGUCAUGUUUCUAGAGUUAUCCUAAUAAUUACCCGAGUCAAAUCUACAUUGAAUUAUCACAAGGGAUUACUAGCUUUGACUUUUUCUUUUUUUGCUUGAGAGCCUGAAUUUAUUUUAUUUUAUUUUAUUGCUAAUCUGAGCCAAGUGAUCUGUCAAAUAAAAGGAGUCAGACUCUUAAAA